AGAAGAAAAGACAAAAGCAAAGCCUGAAGGAUCUGCUUUGGCCCUUAAACAAGAAGGAGAAGAGGAGGCGAAGAAGGAGAAGGUAGAGGAAGACCAACCUGCUACUGCUGCCCGUGACUGUUUGCCUGCGACUGCUGUUACCACUUACCAGGUACAUUAGAGGUUUUCCUAUAGCUGCAGUUUCCUUCGUUUGCUGCAUUAUCUGGAAGCUUGAUGGAUCGGCAGGCUCAUGACUAUGCAGCUGCUAUGGCAUUUUCCCAACAACAGCAACAAGCUGCUAAUAUCCAACAGCAGCAACAGUUUGGUUUUCAUCCACCACAACAGCAAUUCCCUCCAUCAGUUCCUGGUCCUUUUCUACCCCCACAUCCCUCUCUACAGCAGUUCCCAUUCCAUCGUUCGAUGCAGCAGCCACAACUCCAUCCACUUCCUCCUCCCCAUCCCCACCUUCUUCAUCUCCAGCAGCAACAGCAGCCUCCGCCUGCUUUUCCUCCUCAUUUACCCCCUCACGCUGUUCCUCCACCUUUCCAUGGCCCGUAUGAUUCCACGCCGCCCCCUGCUGCUCCUCCCCAUGAUCCUGAACUUCAAAAGCGUAUUGAUAAACUUGCUGAGUAUGUUGCCAAGAAUGGCCCUGAAUUUGAAGCCAUGGUACGUGAAAAAGAGCAAGACAAUCCUGGGUAUGGUUUCCUCUUUGGUGGUGACGGGCAUAAUUACUACCGCUACAAGCUUUGGUUAUGUACACGCGCCCCUGGUGGCUCCUUCAAUCCUGCUUUCCCCUCCUCUUCAAUACCUUUGAUGCAUCAUCCUCCCAAUCCUAUGAUAAAUCCAUCACCUCUAAAUGCUUCUCAGUUGAGUUCCUCUGCUGCUGCUGUGAUGGGUUCACCUCAAAUGCAAACUCCUUUUCCAUCGUUCUAUGAGCCACAACCCCAUCUGCAUUCUCAGCCUUUUGCUAGUCAUGGUCGACCAGACUUUGACCAGUCAACCAGGUCUUUCAAAGGUCUGUCUAGGCCACUGCCUUCUGAUGUUGCGAUGGAGCUAAAUGAUGUGCUCAACAAUCUUACUGGUACCAAAGAGUCAAUCAAAGGUGCCAAAAUUUGGUUCAUGCAGAGGUCCCCAUUUGCACCAGCUCUGGCUGAGGAGCUCAGAGACAGGGUGUUUGCUCUGGAUGAUUCCGAGAGACAAUUGCAUAUAAUUUACCUGGCCAAUGACAUUCUAUUUGACAGCUUGCAAAGACGGAUCAACCCUCAUGACCUAGAUAACGAGGCACUUGCUUUUAAGCCUGUAAUAGGUUCCAUGCUUUCGAGGAUUUACCACAACCCUCAAAAUAAGGAGGAAAAUCAGUCACGAUUACAAAAGAUUUUGCAGUUUUGGGCCUCUAAGGAAGUUUUUGAUCAAGAUACUAUUCUUGGGCUUGAGAAUGAGAUGAUGGGGGGAUCAACAACAAACUUAUAUCUUGUGCCUCCAAGGGACUUAUCUGCUGUUUCAGCAGAUCAUUUGACCAUUUCAGGACCAUCACCCCAGUUGACAAACCAUAAUACUUUACAGUGGCAGCCUCAUAAGCUAAGUUUGGUGCCAAACUUACCAGAUCUAGAACAUCCUGAUAAACAAGUUUCUCCCCUAUCAGCCAUGCCACCAUCAGUAGCAACACAACAAUUUCUUCCUAAUUCAGUUCCUUCUGGUAGUUUUGUUGGGUCCUUGCCAAUCCCAUCUUCCGGUCAACAAGCAAAUCAACAACCUGCGUCCCAUAUAUUGCCAGGACCGACUGCUAAUGUUGGUGAAAAAUUACCUCCAUAUCCUUUGUUUCCACCUGGUCUUAUUCCUGGAAUGGUCAGAAAAAUGCAGAUCGGUAGUGGGGUGCCUUACUCUCCCAUGAGCCCUUUGGAUAUCCCUACUGUAAUACCACCCUCCAAUGUAUCUCCAUCUGAAAUUCUCGAGAGAGUGUCAAAAUUCUUUAAAGAGAUUGGAGAGGUUAACCCUUCUGAAGGACCCAUGAAACCUUCCGAAUCAAUCGAUGAAGAUGAUGAGUAUGAGAGAGAGCCUCCCAUUCGCAAGGGAGGAGCUUGCAUACCUCCACCGCCUAAUUUACAAGUGGACCCUGAGACAGGAACUUUUGCUGAUGGAAGUGUAGAACGAAAGCCUGGAUCAAGUAGCUCAGGACGGUUGGGACUUGGGGCCACAGCUAAUCCAAAUGAGGCCAGUCAAUAUGAUGAUGUUUAUUCUUCUUAUAGGAAACAGAGAAGUACCAAUUACCAUACGUCUAUGAGUGCAAGAGCUGCUGCUACAAGGUAAAAACCUGCUGAAUGUGUGAUCUAUUGUAGUCAAAAAUUGAAAACUUGGGUUUCUGAUGAGGUUAGUUCUUGCAUUUCCAGUCGGGCCUUUUCUUUCUGGGCUCUUGAGUGGGAAUUAUCAGAAAUUAAAUUUGUGGGAUCAUCAGUAUUAUAUCUUCAUGGUUAUUAAGGUCCUGAUUUAGAUGAAUGAUUGAAUGCCAAUCCAGAUAUGCAUUAUAUGUGGAGCAUAGAAUUCUGUAGUUUUUGAAUUAAUUAUCUUUGUAUUUCUGACUGUGCGGAUCGCCUGACAUUUGGUGAUCUGAGCUUGAGUCCGGGUUGGGAAGGUGUUAUGUAGGAAAAUAUUCCCUAAACCCGAGGAGAUGCAAGCAGGGAUAUGGUAAGUAAUUCCUCUAGAUACCAGAGGCUGGUGAACGACUGAUUUU